UGUACGUUGGAAUAGAUAUCCAUUCUUACCGUGUCCGUACAGAUAUACCUCCGCAGGUAGCUACUUACCUACCUAGGUAAGCAGGUAAGGUAACAUAUUCCGCUUAGGGCUUACCUCUCCGCACAGGAGCAGCAGCUAGAAGUAUCUCGGUACCUAAAUAGCUGGGUAGAACGGGUAACUGGAUAGUAGCCGGAUAGCUGGGUACUGGAGAUCAACAGCAGGUGCCCCAUCAUUGCUCACCCCCACGAACAGCAGCCCACAGGUCUAACGACGCGAGCUUAUGUGCAUCAUAGGUAUGCAUGUUUACAUGGAGCAUGGGUAAUGGAUACUCGGUGCCUUUCUCUGGCGGGGGAGGUUCUUACAGGCUGGCUUACUCAGCACUUAUUAUGUACCGCAUUCUUCUUACUUGCCUACUGCUAGGUAUGUAUGUAGGUAGGUGGGCAGAUAGCUCGAAGCACCGAGGAGGUGGAAACUUGGUAUUCGGAUUGGCGUUUCCUAUUAAAUACAUAUACUACCUAGGUGUGUAUGUCACUAGUAUGAUACGAUAUGAUACGGUAUGGCAUGCAGGACUCCCGUUCGUCGCUCUGCGCGAGCGGCCGCACAGAGAGCUACCUAGAGCUGGGGUAGCGAGACGCAUUUUAUAUACCUAAACGGUGCUCACACACCGAGCUGACCGAGCACAAGACCCGAAGGAUUGGCACUUCGAGCCGGGCGAGGC